AUUUUGAUAAGAUAUUUUAGGCGCAUCAAGCACCUGAGUUUCAUCCACGAAGUCCACGCCGCACUUUUGUUCAUGCCUAAGUGUUGCCUUCCCUCCCACCAACCUUAGCAACAGAGUGAACAUGGCGGCGUCCAGCAACGCAGAACAAUCACCAGAACUAUCCAGGCCUCUAAAGAUACCGAAAACGGAGGUGCCAUCCCCAGAGUCCGAGGAUUUGAGUGACAGUAACCAAUACCACUCAGGUCCCUCAACACCCAACCGCUUUUCGCCGUUGAACGUGAGCUCCGGAAACGCUGCUCGGACGGCGGCCUCAUCCUCCAACAACUACACUGCGUGUCGGGGGAUGUCGUGGACCCCUUCCGAAACAAACGCACUCAUUGCGGUGUGGGGAAACGAAAGGCUAACAGAGGCCAAGAUGCAGCAGCUGGAAGUCGCGGGGACCAUGUUCACCGGUAAGGCCCCAGGCCCCGCCAUGUAUGAGCGAGUGUCCAGAGCCUUGUCGGAGUUGGGCUACGAGAGGACCCCGUCUCAAUGCCGGGAGAGGAUGAAGACACUUCGGCGUUGUUACAGUCGUGUGAAGGAGCAUGGCAUUGGCAAGAGGAAGAGCAGUUACACUAUAGAACAAUUGGAAAAGGUGUUUGGUCAGGGAGGCUGGGACUCCCAGACCUGUGCUCCUGUGCUCAUCAACAGUAGCGGACUUUACCAGGAGAUGGAGUCUGAUGGCAGUACCUUGGAAGAUUUCUCCCAGGAGGACUGGUGCAAUCAGGUGCUUGACUCAGCUUUCCAGGAGGGAGACAUGGACCCCGAAAUACAGAUGCCGAAAAGCAGAGCUCUUCAUAUUCAAGUAGAGCACCAAGAGCACAUCCAAAAAAAGGAGACUAUGCAGACACUGAUACGUAUCCUGGAGUCUGUGCAGCUCAAAUGGGAGCACUUUCAGACUUGGACCGAGUUUUCACGCCUUCACCUCUCCAACAAGCUAGCCAUCUUCGGCAUUGGCUACGACACCCGUUGGCGAGAAGAAGUGCGUUACCAUCAUGCUGAGAUAAGUUCACAGGUUCCACUGGGAAAGAGGCUUCGUGAAUAUUUCAAUCCAGAGAAACCUGAGGGCAAAAUUGUUAUGACUAAAGUUCAAAAGAUGAAUUGGAAGAACGUCUACUACAAGUUCCUGGACAUUACCAUCAGUGAAGCGCGCUGCCUGGAGCUGCACAUGGACGUAGACUGGAUACCUGUUUCCUUAUCCAGGGACGCUGGGUGUAGCAUGUCGACAUCCCGUUACCUUCUACCUGGGGAUAUCCCGAAAACAUACGGACUCUAUGCUAUCGGUUAUGAGAUGUCGUCGUCGGGUCGGAACUCUCCCCAAAGUGAUAUCCAGAACUGUAGCUUACCUCAAUUUGAGUCAGAGAAUUUGUCAUCAAAUCAGGCUGAUGGAGAAGGAGCAGGGAAUAGUAGCAACACUGGAACAAAAGUCACUUACUGCUACCUUGGUAUUGCUGAAGAUAGGAACAUUCAACAGUGUCUCUUGCAGAAUUUUCAGAUUUCUGCCAAACACUAUUUCGAAAGUGUGCCCUCUUCGGUGACUCAUUUUCUGCAAGAAAACUGUCGCAGCGGUGUCUUAAAUGAUCCAGUGGGAGGCGGAGCCUUAGCGAGGUGUUUACCUAUUUACAUCAAAUUCAUAGAGGUGGAUCUGGACUUCUUGUCUGCAGGUUCCUUAGUGGAGUGCCUGGAAACUGCUAUUGGUUAUUCUUUGAAGUACAAUAUUAAUGGACCAUUUUAACUGCCAUGUUUAAAUGUGUAUUUCAAAUCGGGUCGGAGCAGUAUGGCGCAAAGGGGACAAAUUACGUCGUGAUUGGUUCUUAAAGGUCCUAUGAAAUGGCAACCAUGUCAAAAAGUAAUGCACUAAUGUAAUUUUAUGUGUAGAAAAUGAAUUGCCACUCAAAUCUCGCUCUCUUUUACCAUUUCAUAGUUAUUCCAUCCCAAAAAAAUGCAUCAAUGUCAACGCCCAUUUUUUUCUUCUUCAGCAAUGGUUUGACAUCACAACCAGAAUUAAUUUUCGAGCUUUUUAGUGCUGCGCUAACUAGUACAUGUUGACAGAACAGUCAUAUGGCAACAACAGAAUAGAAAGCCUAUGGAUUGCAUGCUAGUAGACGGCAAACAUCUGCAGCUCAAUCUUGGUGUGAUAUCUUCUGUUUGGAGAUUUUCUUUUGUAGGCGGGGCCAAAGGAGCUGAGAAAGGAAGAAUAAUUUAGGAUCUUUCAUUAUUAAGCCUUUUCUGUCACUUUUUGGGAUGGACUUGUGUCAAAAAAUAUCGUCUGCUAUCAUUUCAGUGACUUGUAGCAUUUUAUAGAACCUUUAAGACUAAAAUCAAGUCUAUGAUAAGGCUUUGUCAAUGAAAAUUGGAAAAGUUAAAAAGCUGUUUUUCGCUUAUUUCAAACAGUCACAAAGCGUGUGCUACUUGUUUUUUCCGAAAGAAUGUUGGAAUUUUGCUAAGGUGGCUAUGUAUCAGUCUACCUCAGUAGGAUUAGGAAUAUCAGAUGCAUUACUAAAGCUUCCUAAACAUUGACAAAUUUAUACAAUACGCCAUACUUUCAUACUAUAAGGCACACCUAAAAGCCUUCAAUUUCCUCAAAUACGACAGUGCGCUUUAUAAUCCGAUGCGCCUUAUAUAUGAAUCAACAUUGAUCAUGGCAUGACAUUCCCUUUAGCGCAUAUUCAUCUAAUGGAUGCAUAACACAAUCCCAACUACUACAGUGAUCCCUUGUUUUUCGCGGUUAAUGGGGACCAGAACCCGCCGCGAUAAGUGAAAAACGGCAAAAAAGUAAGUAGUAAUACAUAUGACAUGUUUUUUCACUUUUUUCCCAAAGUAUAAUUAAAAAAAUAACUUAUGUAUAUAUAUUUUAAUGUUUUAAAGCACUUCAAGUGUAAUAAUUAUAGGUUUUAAAAAUGUUACUGUCCCACCGAAUUAUUUUUAAACAAGAAUAAAGUAGAAAAAUGCUUGUCUUUAUUAAAUGCUUUAUUGAGUGAGUCCACUCAAAUUUACUGUUUAAAAAGCUAAACGAUGAUUGACGCAUGCGGCCCUCUGGAGUUUCGGCUUCCUAGCAUCUCUGGCAAGAUCAAACCUUAACAUCUGUCAAUCAUCAUCAAUUUUAAUAAGCAACUCCAGUGCACUGCCAGACCAAGAAAAGCAGCUGGAGGGAGAGGGAGACUAGGUGAUCGGACCGAAAAAGCUCAUCUGUAUUUAUUGAUUUAUUUUUUAUUUGAAAAGAAAAUCUGCAAUGUACUGAAGGCCCGAAGUUUGAAGCGCGAAGUAGCGAGGGAUCACUGUACUACUACUACUAGUACUGCUGCGCCUUAUAAUGCAGUGCGCUCUAUGUAUGAAAACAGUUUUGAAGUAGGCCAUUCAUUGACCGUGACAGUGCGCCUUAUACUCCUAUGCUCCUUAUAGUGCGGAAAAUACACAAUAUUCAUUAAUCUUCCGAACCGCUUGUCCUCACGAUAUACGUUGUAUAUGUAUAUAUACAGCUCACUAGCCUGUGAACAUCAGUAAAUAAGCCGCACUGCACUAUAAACCGCAAAGUUCAAAGUGUAUGGGAGGAAGUAGGGACUUACAGUUUAUUACAUUUAUUGCAGCUUCAUUUUGCCAGUGACAGAUUAAUUUUUUUUAAUGAAAAGUAAAAAAUAAUUUGCAUUUCAUUGAGAGACAUAAAUAUUUGAUUCCAUAGCAAAACAUGAUUAAUUCAAAGCACUUGUUGGCUAGAUGUUUCCUGUACUUUGUAAUCGCUUAUUAGGUUAGCACAUGCAUCAAAAAGUCCACUCCUUUAGUCCACUCCUCUCUCCAGAUCAUUUUCAAAUCCUUGAGGUUUUGAAGCUGUGUCUAGAAACUCCAGGCUUAGGCUCUCUCCAUGGAUUUUCUAUAAGAUGAACACGGAUCUCUGGUGGUCAGCUUAAAAAAUAUAUAUACUGGGUAUCAAAUUUUGUUUUUCCUCCAAACAAGUUUGUACUACACUCAUCGGAUUAAAGUCUUAUAAAACCUCUCCAUACGAAAUACAGUGGUACGAAAAAGUAUCUGAACCUUUUGGAAUUUCUCACAUUUCUGCAUAAAAUCACCAUCAAAUGUGAUCUGAUCUUUGUCAAUAUCACAGAUUAAAAUACAGUGUCUGCUUUAACAACUACCACCCAAACAUUUAUAGGUUUUCAUAUUGCAAUGAGGAUAGUCAGCAAACAAUGACAGAAGAGGGAAAUUAGUAAGUGAACCCUUUGCCUAAGGAGACUUAAAGAGCAAUUGAAACCCAUUUUUACCUAACUUUUUCUGCUUUAACAACUACCACCCAAACAUUUACAGGUUUUCAUAUUUUAAUGACGAUAGUAAGCAAACAAUGACAGAAGAGGGAAAAUUAGUAAGUGAACCCUUUGCCUAAGGAGACUUAAAGAGCAAUUGAAACCAAUUUUUACCAAACUUUUUCUGCUUUAACAACUACCACCCAAACAUUUAUAGGUUUUCAUAUUUUAAUGAGGAUAGUAAGCAAACAAUGACAGAAGAGGGAAAAUUAGUAAGUGAACCCUUUGCCUAAGGAGACUUAAAGAGCAAUUGAAACCAACUUUUACCAAACUUUUUCUGCUUUAACAACUACCACCCAAACAUUUACAGGUUUCCAUAUUUUAAUGAGGAUAGUAAGCAAACAAUGACAGAAGGGGGAAAAUGAGUAAGUGAACCCUUUGCCUAAGGAGACUUAAAGAGCAAUUGAAACCAAUUUUUACCAAACAUUUUAAGUCAGGUGUGUGCCCAAUCACUGAUGAGUGGUUUAAAGCUGCCCUGCCCAUUAUAAAACAUACAGCUCUCAGAGGACCUGCGACCAAGGGUUGUUGAUUUGUAUAAAGCUGGGAAAGGAUAAAAAACCAUCUCUAAAAGUGGCCGUCCACAAAAGAUGAUGCCAAAGGUUCAGCGCAGAAUACUCAGAGUAAAAAAGAACCCUAGAGUGUCUGCUAAAGACUUACAGAAAUCACUGGGGAAAUCACUGUGCACGCAUGAACUAUAUGUGAAACUAUGGCCAAGAAAUGUGUUUUUUGGUGACUGAUGAAACCAAAGUUGAAUUGUUUGGGAGUGACACACAACGUCAUGUGUGGAGGAAAAAUGGGAUAGCUCACCAACAUUGAGACCUCAUCCCCACCGUGAAGCAUGGUGGAGGGAGCAUCAUGAUUUGGGGCUGUUUGGCUGCCUCAGGGCCUGCACAACUUGCAAUCAUUAAUGGAAGAAUGAGUUCAAAGGUUUAUCAGGAUCUUUUGCAGGAAAACCUGAGGUCGUCAGUCAAACAGUUGAAGCUAAAAAGAAGAUGGAUGCUGCAACCAGACAAUGAUCCAAAACACAGAAGUAACUCAAGUUCAGAAUGGUUUCAGAAGAACAAAAUACACAUUCUGGAGUGGCCAAGUCAAAGUCCAGACUUGAACCCCAUUGAGAUGCUGUGACCUAAAGACAGCGAUUCAUGCCAGACAUCCCAGGAAUCUGACUUAACUACAGCAGUUUUGUAGAGAACAAUGGGCCAAGAUUAGUCCUGAUCGAUGUGCCAGACUGAUUUGGUGCUACAGGAAGCGUCUUGUUAUUACUGCCAAAGGCGGGGGGCACAAAAUAUUAAAUGUGAGAGUUCACUUACUUAUUUUUCCCCCUUCUGUCAUUGUUUGCAUGCUAUUCUCAUUAAAAUAUGAAAACCAAUAAUUGUUUGGGUGGUUUUAGUUCAAGCAGACACUGCUUUUUCCAUCUA